UAGUUGCUUGCUUUGCUUUGGUUUGUGUGGUGGCGAGUAUCUUGAAUCAAUGGCGUCUCAAUCGGCCAAUCUAUGGGUUUUGUUGGGUUUGGGUUUGGCUGGAAUUUUCGUGCUCACCAGAAAGCUGAAGCAAUCUGUGAAAGAAGAAUUGGGUGCUUUCAUUGAGAAGCUUCAGCUGCUUCCUCCUCCACAGCCUGCUCCUCCCAAAGCUCCUCAUCCACUCACCGCCCUCACUUUCGCCCUUUCCGACCUGUUUGACAUAGAGGGACACGUGUCGACGUUUGGGCAUCCCGAAUGGGCAAGGACUCAUGAAGCUGCUUCUUCAACAUCUCCUGCAGUUACUGCUCUUGUUGAAGGAGGUGCAACCUGUGUUGGAACUACUGUUGUCGACGACCUAGCAUUUGGUAUCAGUGGCGAAAAUAAGCAUUAUGGAACACCAACCAAUCCUGCUGUGCCUGCUCGAGUACCGGGAGGCUCCUCUAGUGGUGCUGCUGUUGCUGUUGCUGCUAAUUUCAUUAGUUUCUCGUUGGGUAUUGAUACUAGUGGAGGAGUGAGAGUACCUGCUGGAUUUUGUGGUAUUCUAGGAUUUCGACCUUCAUUUGGUGCUGUUUCGCAUAUGGGAAUCAUACCUAUUUCAACAAGUCUGGACACUGUUGGUUGGUUUGCAAAGGAUCCUAAUAUUUUGUGUCGUGUUGGCCAUAUACUCUUAAAAGCACCAUUUGUAAUGCAACGCAAUCCUCGGCAAAUAAUUAUAGCCGACGAUUGUUUUCAACAUAUAAAUGUUCCUGUUGACAGGAGUUCUCAGGUGGUGAUCAAAGCCACUGAAAAGCUUUUUGGGAGGCAAGUAUUGAAGCAUAUAAAUCUCGAGGACUAUAUAAGUUCUGAAGUUCCUAGCUUGAAGGAGUACUCCAGUCAGAAAACAAAUGGUGAACUGAAAGCUUCUUCAUUAAAAUUACUUGCCAACAUUAUGAAAUUUCUACAAAGACAUGAAUUCAGACUCAUGCACAAUGAGUGGUUGAACAUAGUAAAACCUGAUCUUCAUCCAGCUAUCUCGGCACAAUUGUAUGAAAAGUUCGAGGUCUCUGAUGUAGAGAUUGAAAACUCUAAAUCUGUUAGAAGUGAGAUCCACGCUGCUGUAAAUUUGCUUUUGAAGGAUGAAGGAAUUUUGGUGAUCCCCACUGUAGCUGAUCCUCCUCCAAAAUUAGGUGGGAAGGAGAUUCUAUCAGAGGAUUAUCAGAGCCGUACAUUUAGUCUGCUAAGUAUUGCUAGUGUAUCGGGUUGCUGUCAGGUCACAAUACCAUUAGGAUUUUAUGACAAGUAUCCUGUUUCAGUGUCGUUGAUAGCUCGGCAUGGUGGUGAUCGCUUUUUACUUGACACACUAAAGUCCAUGUAUUCAACUCUCCAAGAGCAGGCUGAUAUUGCCGCCAAAAGUAAAUCAUCAAGAAAUGUUGUCAGUAAGGAACAAACUGCUGAAAUUGCCAAAGAGAAGGGAAAUCAAGCCUACAAAGAUAAGCAGUGGCAGAAAGCCAUUGGAUUUUAUACAGAAGCUAUCAAACUCAGUGCCGAUAAUGCAACAUACUACAGUAACAGGGCUCAAGCUUAUCUAGAACUUGGGAGUUACCUCCAAGCUGAGGCAGAUUGUACAAAAGCAAUUAACCUUGACAAAAAGAAUGUGAAGGCCUAUUUUCGUCGAGGUACAGCUAGAGAGAUGCUAGGCUACUACAAGGAUGCAAUUGAUGAUUUUAAUUAUGCCCUUGUACUUGAGCCAACCAACAAAAGGGCAGCUUCGGCCGCUGAAAGGUUGAGGAAACUAUUCCAGUAGCGGUAUAUGAUUGUGAACACGAGGGCUGAAUCAUGAUGCUGACCUAUUUAGGCCCUGCGACGAUUGAUGAGUUUCUAGGUACAAUAAUCACACAGGAGUCAUCUGACGUGGUUUCUACAAAAGUAAUAAUGAUUCUUUUAUACUUCAUGGGCAAGGCAAUUUAUAGACAUGGAAAGCAUGUAUUGCUUAACCUUUUAUCGGGUUCUCUGACACAGUCAGAGGUGGCAAAGUGAGCGGUCCGCCCCACUAUCAACCCGCCAAAAAAUGAGUCAGUCCGCUCCGCCCCGCCCCGUUUGGCGGGUUGGCCCGUCAGUCCGAGCCUAUUUUAUACUGACCCACCUCGGCCCGCCUAUGUCCACCAUCAACCCGCCAAAAAAUGAGCCUGCCCCGCCUCGCUUUUGAGAUGGGUUGAAAAACUCAGCUCACCCUGUCCCGUUUGGCAGGUUGGCCCGCCGAACCGAGUCCGUUUUGCCGGCUCUAGACACAGUAACAUGUUAUUUCCAGAAUGAGUCCCAAUUUUGCUAGUGAAAAAUAUAAAUAAGAUGUCUCUCUCACAAUCUCAUCCUAACCCCUAGGAUUUCUUGAGAUUUCUCUACUGUAGUGUCUCACAAUCUACUCUAGCAUUUUCUCAAAGCCAAGGUAUGUUCUUUUUUGACUCAUAUAUUUUCUCAGAUUUGGGUAUUCCUCCUUCAUGAUUAAUGAUUGUGUUCGUUGUAUGUAUUUACCAGGUUUUGGUAUUCCUCGUUCAUGAUUAAUGAUGUGCUUCAUUUUUUUUUACCAAUAGUUGUAUAGAGUUGACGAUAAACAUGUAUCUAAUCUCUAAAAUUGAACUAAUAAGCUUACCACAUACAUUCUUUGUUGACCUUCUUCUUUUGUAUAUCGUUUGGAUUAUAAUGAGUAUAAAAUCCUAAUAUUCUUCGUGUUUGGCAAUGAUACAUAUUUAAAAAUCUUAAUAAUCCGGUGGCAAGCUCUAUUAAAAAUCCUAAUAAUCCUAAUAUUCUUUGUGUUCAAUCUUCAUCAUGCAUCAUUGAGAAAUGUAACUGAGAGGUAUUUGGCAUAUUUAAAUCACGAUUCACAAUUUUUAAGUCAGAACCUCCAUUUCCAUUUAAAACACAAGCAUAGCUUGUGUUAGCAUGUGUAGCACUACAUAACUUUCUUCGCAAAAAAUGUCGUUCAGAUAAAUUUUCAAUUGAAUCAGUAUAUGCAUCUUCAUCUUCAGUAUCACCAGUUAAUGAAGAAGAUAAUUUUUAACUCAUUGGUCAAACCCAAGAGUAGGAAUAAGAAGAUGCUGAUGUGUGAAGGACUAGUAUAGCUUUAGAUAUGUGAAGAGAUGAUACUUAGUAAUUUUGAAUGUUUGUUAAAAAUGAUAUUAAGUUUGUUAUCAAAAAAAAAAAAAUGAUAUUAAGUUU